GAGGCCUCGACGAUCCCAGCGGUGACUUUGGCUUCGGGGUUGGGUCGGGGUGGCUUAAGGCGAUGGUGGUGCGCGCUGAAGCGGCCUGGCAGCAGGCGCGCGCGGCGGCGCGAUCGCGCCGGCAGACUGAGUGGCACCGCUGGGUGGAGGGCGGCCCUGCGGCGCGCCUGCGGUACUUCGAGGGGCCCUGGAAGGCGAUCUGGCAGGCCCCACCCGCACCGCCGGUCGCGGAGGAGUGGCUGCAGCGGAAGAAGCCGGGGCUCGACGCUUGGGCUGUCAGCGAGCUCCGGUUGCUGCCUGCCGAGCUGCACGGAUGGAUCGCCGACCUGUUCGAGGAGGUGGAGGCCCGCGGCGAGUGGCCGCGCGAGCUCGCCGAGGCGGAGGGCCUGCUGCUCCCAAAGCCUGGGGGCGGCCAGGGCCCGCUGGAGCGCCGGCCGAUCUGGCUCCUUCCGAUUCUUUAUCGGCAUUGGGCGGCCGGGCGCGCCCGCCUCUUCGCGCAGUGGCGCUGCGCUUGGGAAGGGGAUUCCUGGCGCCGCGGCGCAAACGAGCAGGCGUGGGAGUUGGCCUUGGAACUCGAGUCCGCCGACGCCCUGUCCGAGGAGGUCGUCGGCGCAGCCCUCGAUUGGAGCAAGGCGUACGACCAGGAGCUCCUUCAGCGCGCCGAGGGGGUGGGCCCCUUACUGCGCGCUGCGAGGGACCAGGGCGAAGCCGCGUGGAAGCAGGCGUCGGGUGCACAGGCUGCUCGGCUGGUCGAGCUCGUCGGAUUGGUGCGCCCGCAGGGCCAGUUGCUCAUUCGUCUCGCGGGUUUGGCGCAGCAAGACGGCUUCGCGCCUGCCGACGCACAGCUGUUGCAGAACGCCUUGGCCACGGCAGCCUCGAGCAGCGGCGGGGCGUGGAAGUCGCAGGACUUCGAGCAUUUCCCGUAUUUCUUGAGUGGUGAAGUGUGGGCCGUGCUCAGCGACCCCCAUGGGGACGUCUUGCACAAGGCUCGGUCUGUUCUGUCGUUUCUCUCGUCGAAGCUGGGCCUCAAGAACCCGUCAGAAGGCACCCUCGCGCACGUGACGGCCCUCGUGGCGAUCUGCGUAGAUGGGGCCCCAGCGGCCCGCAGCAUGAGCCCCCACUUCUUGAAAGACACCUUUGACCACAUCAAGACGAUGUGGAAGGGCAUGGUCAAGGCAGAGCCCUUGGAGAAGAUGGCCGCGCCCCCAGCUGACCCCGACGCGUUCCGAGCUGCGUUCCCCGCCACGUGGGCCUCUGCGUACGGCGGCGGUGGUCCUGCGAGCAUCGGAGUGUCUUUCGUCGAUGUCUCCGUGGUGGCUAAAUCGUUCAAGUGGCGCGAGAGGCAGCGCGCAGGGUCCGCGUCGUCGGCGCCACUUUUGCAGGCUCUGCAGACUAUGAUGGGUCAGACGCUGCAGCAGCCUCAGCAAGAGAGGCUCGCGAACGGUGCGGUGUUGACGUUCGCAGGGAAGCAGCCGCGCAGCCUCGCUGGAGGGGCCCCGCAGGCGAAGAAAGCGAAGAAGGUGGACUCUGUGGAAGCAGCGGCCAUGCAGGUACACGCUGCCAUGCAGCAGGAGAAGGAGACCAAGGCCAAAGCGAAGGCCAAGGCGAAGCCCGCUGCCAAGACAUGCGUGCUGAAGAAACCAGCGUCGGCACCUGUUGGCAAGGCGGCGGUGGUGACCAAAAUCAGCGUGGAGAACACGCGCAGCCAGUGCGUCGCGCACUACGGGAGGGGCCCUGGCUCGACCAAGGUGUUCAAAUGGGGCCCGAACACAGGCUACACGAAGGAGACGUCCGAGAAGGCCGCCAAGCAGUGGAUCGAGAAUCGGCUGCGCGUCGGCUGA